CAAAAGCAAUCUUACCAACCGAUAGUGGGCAAAAUUGGGGAUCGAUACUUUAUGGUAUUGAUAGGGAUAAGUUUAGUUUUGAUAACAGUGAUAUUGAGAAAGGAAAUUAUAUUAACGAUAGCAUAUAUUCAAGCAUAUACAAACUAUUGAUAGAUACUGGGAAACGAGUCAUUUCUUUAGUUGGAUGGCAAUAUUUCCAUUCUGGACUUCUUGAAAAGAAUGUUGUUGAUUCUAUUUUCACAUACACACCAUUAGAAGAUGAGAAUUUAUAUCAUGUAGAGAUGUUAAAAACAAAACAUGAACGUGGGGUUUUUAAGCAUGAUGAAUAUGUUGUGAAUAAAUUUAAAGAGAUUAUUUCGACAGAUGAAUUCGCAAAUAUUAGUCUUUUUGUUAUUCAUCUUACAGAUGUUGAUGAAGCCGGACAUUAUUACGAAUUCAAUUCUGAGAAAUACUAUGAACAAUUAGAAAAAAUAGAUAAACAGAUCGGAUGGUUAAAAGAUUGUUUGUUGGUACUCACAACUAAUCAUGGUGGUGUUGGUACAAUGCAUGGUAAAGAUUCUGAUUUGGAGCGAAAUGUAUUCAUAAUAAUGAUGGGACCAG